AGAAUAUUCUAUGAGAAUUCCAGCAUGUACCAUUUCUCGUAUCAUUCCUGAAACAAGUCGUAUUAUUUAUGAAGUACUUCGAAGAGAUUAUUUAAAGACACCAGGUACAAAUGAAGAGUGGACAGAAAUUGCAAAUAAUUAUUUUCAACUAUGGAAUGUUCCAAAUUGUAUUGGCUCUAUGGAUGGGCGACAUAUAGAAUUCAAAGUGCCACUUAAGGACGGAUCAAUGUAUUAUAACUACAAGGGUACCAACAGCAUUGUUUUAUUAGCAGUAGUUGACGCUCUUUAUCAAUUUAUAUAUGUCAAUGUUGGCGUUAAUGGCAGAAUAAACGACGGAGGAAUUUUUUGUAAUAGUGAUUUCGCACAACUAUUAAAUAAUUCUCAAAAUCCACUUAACAUACCAGAAGAUAAGCCUUUGCCUGGCAUGGAUGAAUCUAUGCCGUAUGUUUUAUUAGCGGAUAAUGCUUUUCCUUUGCAAAAGCAUAUACUGAAACCGUAUCCGUCACGAAACUUGACUCAUGAUGAACAAAUAUUCAAUUAUAGACUCAGUAAAGGGAGGCGAAUUGUUGAAAAUAGUUUUGGAAUAUUAGCAAAUAGAUUUCGUGUUCUUUUGUCAACAAUAUACUUAUCAGUUGAUAUUGUUCAAAUUAUUACCCUUGCAUGUUGUGCCUUACAUAAUUAUCUCUGUCGCGAAAAUGGUGCAUAUUUACAUGGAACAAUAGACAUUGAAAAUGUAGAAAAUCGUACAAUAUCACCUGGUGAAUGGAGAAAUAAUAAUGCACACUUACGCGAUUUAGAAAUUAUUAAUGUAAGACCUAAUAGAAAUGCCAUUCAUAUUCGUAAUGAACUCAAACGAUAUUUUAAUACUGUUGGAGCUGUUGAAUGGCAAAAGCAUAUGAUUUAAGAAUUGAAGAAUCUAGAUAUAAAGCAUAAUUUUGGGUAAAUUGUAAAUAAAUUGUACUAAUCUAAUGAAUUGAAAUAUAUAUUUCAAAUAUAAUGUAUUGAAAAC